CUGCGUAGACUUCAUUCCCGGAGUUCUUUCCUUCCUGGGUGUUGGUAAGAGAUUUGAUCUUCAACGACGAAAUAUAUUCUGGGGUUCGAAGAAGAAAUUGGAAAUCAUUGUUCGGAAAGGCGGAGGCGAAGAUGGAGAAAGUGAUGAACAUCAUAAAGCCGAAGCCUGAUCCGAAACAGCAGCUGCGUGAUUGGCAGCGGAGGCUACGCCAAGAGUGCCGCAACAUCGAACGCCAAAUCCGAGAUAUACAGAGAGAGGAGAAAAAUGUACAGAAAGCUAUUAAGGAUGCCGCUAAGCGGAAUGACAUUGGCUCUGCAAAGGCACUUGCUAAGGAAAUUGUUAGUUCUAGAAGAACAGUGAACCGUCUUUAUGAAAAUAAGGCUCAAUUGAAUUCAAUAUCGAUGCACCUCGGGGAGAGUGUUGCAAUUGCUCGUACAGUCGGACACCUGUCUAAGAGUUCUGAGGUUAUGAAGCUCGUGAAUAAUCUCAUGAAGGCUCCGGAAAUGGCUGCCACGAUGCAGGAGUUCAACAAAGAGAUGACUAAGGCUGGAGUUAUCGAAGAGUUUGUGAACGAUGCUGUUGACACUGCCCUAGACACCGAGGAUAUGGAGGAGGAGAUAGAGGAAGAGGUUGAUAAGGUAUUGACCGCAAUAGCAGGAGAGACUGCUGCAGAGUUACCAGACGCCGUCGUGAGGAAGGAGAGGAUAAAACUGCCUGCUCAGAAAGCGGGUCCUUCCCGUGAGGAAGAGGCCAUCGCUGAGGGAGUUGAUGAUGAAGAAGAACUCGAGGAAAUCCGAGCUCGCCUCGCGAAAGUUCGAUCCUAACUUUUUUUCUACGGCUCCUAAAACUAUAUUCUUGAUCGAUUUCCCAAACUCUUCUAACUUGAUGGAGAGAUGAAAAAACAAGAUCAUAUCUUGUAUGUAAUGUAUGUGUAGAAAUUACUUGGAAUGUGAAGUUGCUUCUUCUUCAUGCCUUACACA